AUGUAGAGAAUUAUAAAAUAAUUUUCUGUUUUGUUUAUAUGGAUUGUCUCCUGUGAACAGAAUGCUUUGUUGACUUUCAGUUAUUUAAGAGCUAGUGUUAUUGAAAGUCUUGUGAAAGAACAUUAUGAUUAUGGAUUAUAAAAGAGAGAUAAUGAUCCAGAGUCGGAGAUUGCUCUGCAUCAUAAUGGUUUUAAAUUAGAGUAUUUAAUAAGAUACUCUUAAUUUGAAUCUAAUUAAGAGUUUGUAUGGUUAUUGUAAUGUAUGGAUGAAUGUUUAAGGGGAUUUUUGAUAUAGAUUUGA